CCCAUUCCCAUUCCCAUUCCCAUUCCCAUUCCCAUCUCCUGUCAUCCAUCCCUUCUUCUCUCUUGCAUUUCAUUUCAUUUCACUGACGGUACUGCAUCGCAUCGCGUCGCGUCGUAAAGACAGACUCCCGACCCCGACCCCGACCCCGACCCCGACCCUCAUUUCGAACCAAAUACCUGUCUCGUGUUUACGGUAAGUAAUGCAUGGAACACCCGCCGUAAACCCCCUUCCUUCGACCCCGACGCCAUAGUUCCAGGCCACUCCAGGGACCUGGCCAACGUGAGCGUGGGCUUUGACUGACAAGAGAAACCAAAGGUCACCGUCGACCUCACACUCUUUUAUAGGACCGCGGACCGACAGACAGCCAGCCAGCCUGCUAGUCGUUAAUAGCGCAGAUUUCUGGAACCAUUACUGCCCUAUUUCCAUUCAGCUGUCAUUCGUCCCGAGAAACCAUCAGGCAAACCCACUUCAGACGAACGAAGCAUCACUCUCCUGUUGCGCACCACUCCCUCGUCCCUGUGCGGCCGGAACACGCACCACCCAAGAUCAAACGGCGCAAUCAAUGGUUGGAAAACGACAACUCACAACUUCACCGACUCGAAUCGACUCGACAUCUUUACGAGGGAACAUUCUUUAUUUCCUUCACCCCACAUCCUGCACGAGGUCAAUCGUGCACCAUCAACACACUAUCUAUCGCUUCGAGAGCCCGUGGCUUGGUCUAAUCUAGCGAUCAAUAUCUGCAGGCCCUGCCAUUCGCACCUUACCUUCACCUCCUUUUCUCCGCUUCAUAGCAAAACCCAAACCAUACAACAUUCAUUUACGAGGAGGACUGCAGGAUUUAAUUCACUGGACGACGUGAUUCCCCUCAAGCGACUCGCCGACAGAUUGACACUCGCUUUGAUUCGACUGAAGUUCGGGAAAUGGAAUAGGGUCGCGUCCGAUGCAAACCUCUGGUGAAAAGGUUUAACACCAGCCACCCACCUCCAACCUCUUACACUCGUGGACAACAACAAUCACAAUACCGCGCCCUUCAUGCGCAGCAGUCUCACGAUGAAAGUUUCAUCCUGGCUGAGUCGAUUAGCUGCAGGUCGAGCGCCUGCGAUCAUAUGCGUCAUUCUUUUAACAUCCCUUGUUCAGGUCUCACAGGGGAUCACUUUUACACCUAUCCCGUCGGCGAAUCUCGAUUUCAAGAAACUUGGCCGAGUUGGACUGGCAGGCGAUUUCAACGGGAUCUCCUUGUAUCAGUUUAAGGGCCAGAACGAGAAUGGAUUCAAUACGAAUGGAAGCCAAUCAGUGCUGUCACGAUUCCCUAAUGGAGGCUUCGCCGAUCUUGCAGCGGCCGAUGCUGGGAUACAGGCAAUGUGCACAUUCAUGCUGGAGACUGGAGUAAUGGCCGGAGUGGUUGUAGGAGGCAAUUUUACGAGUCUAGGCGGAAUGGAGUCACAAGGAGCAGCUCUGUUCAACCCUAACACCUCUGUUAUAACGCCUCUGACUGGACUUUCUGGUCAGGUUUCUGCGUUACUUUGCGAUCAGGAGUCAAGUACAGUGUACGUGGGAGGGAGUUUCAAGGGUGCAAACUCGACAAAUGCAAUUGCUUGGGUAGGCACAGCUGGCUGGACGAAUCUUCCUUUCGCUGGUUUCAAUGGCCCCGUCACAUCCAUUAGCAAGGCUUCAAACGGCAACAUCAUCUUCGGAGGCUCAUUCACCGCGCUGGGAAAUGCAAACUCGACUGGCCCGAGUCUUCCGGAUCAGCAAAUAAUUAACAUAUCUGGUGCAAACCUCACCAGCGGCUCUUCAACAACAACUGCUGGACUUAGCGACCCUGCCAACAUCGUUUGCAAGACUAGUGGAGUAGAUGGGCCUGGAAAUACCUGGUUACUUGCGGACAAUAGUCCGGGAUUCUGGAAGGCAACAUUCGGCUUCGGGUUCCAGCCCACGAAGCUGAGAUUGUACAACACUCGUUUGGAUGGCCGAGGAACCAAGACUUGGCGGUAUACCGCAUUUCCCAUCAAUGGGAUAAUGAACUUUACCUACAUCGAUCCAACAAGUGGGCGGAAUGCGUCCUGCUCUUCAGAGUGUCCGCUGAGCAGCAACAGCAGCGUACCAUUUCAAGAUUUCCAUUUUGUCAAUGUGAUUGGCAUGAAUAGCUUCCAGAUCGAUAUAUCAGCAUUUUAUGGCAGCGGAGGUGGAUUGAAUGGAAUCGAGCUCUUCCAAGAUGAUAUUUUCGCCUAUGCUAUCAACACAUUCAAUGAGCCUACCUGUGCAAAUAUCGAGGUCGCCUCAAGUGCUACACAGACAGGACCUUGGGUUGUAACUCCUUCUCAGCAGAGCGUUUCUCAAUAUUUGGCAGCGUCUGUCUCAAACGCAACCUCGGCGAACGUCGCCUUUCUCCCGGACAUUCGACAAUCCGGAAAUUACUCGGUCAACAUGUACACCCCAGGAUGUAUUCAGGACAACUCAUGUGCAAACCGAGGCCGAGUCAAUAUUACAGGCAUCAUGUCGAGCGCCGCUUCAUUCACCACUGAAAUCUUCCAGACAAAUAACUUCGACAAAUACGAUCAGAUAUACUUUGGGUUCAUUGACGCUGGUAGUAACUCUUUCCGUCCUUCCAUUACCCUUUCGCCUGUUGACGGGCAAGGGAUCGACAAUUUGACGAUAGUUGCCCAACGUGUUGGCUUCACCCUCAUUUCUUCGAGUGCUGGUCUCAACAGCCUGUUUGAAUAUGAUCCAACACAAGCUGUUGUCGAUACUGCAGACUUCGCCAAUUCAACAUUCGACGUGGCUGGAAUGAGUCUCCCAACUGGAGCAGGAGUCAACUCACUUCAGACAUCUGGCAGUACUACCUUUGUGGGAGGCAACUUUUCGACAGAUGACUUCGACAACAUCUUCGCUAUUACCAGUUCUAGAGCAACCCCACUGGCCGGAAAUGGACUAAAUGGAGAGGUCGUCUCUCUGCUGCUCAAUGGAACCAUUCUUUAUGUCGGCGGCAAAUUUUCAGACACCAAAUCUGGAGGGAGCACAGGCCUAAACAAUGUUGCUGCUUAUGACACAACUAAGAAUUCUUGGAUUUCACUCGGUGCUGGUCUUAACGGACAGGUGUCGAGUAUUGUUCCGUUGGCCAUGAAUGUCACCACCGACGCACCUGAGGUUGUCAUCACUAUUACUGGAGACUUUCUGGAGAUCAUGGCAUUUGGGAGCAAUACAUCUGUCGCCGUCGCGGGCUUCGCGAUUUGGGUGCCAUCUCGUGGCAACUGGCUUCAGAAUCUGGAUGUCGCUACACCGUCAAUCACGGGACAGCUCACUGCAUCGGUCGAUCUCCCGGAUGGAGGAUCCCUCUUUGCUGGUUCUCUGUCGUCUUCCCAGCUCAGCGCGAACGGAGCCGUGGCUCUUGCCGAUACCCUCAGCCCUUUGCCUGUUCGUAUCCAUGCAACAGAGACACAGCCGCUAACUGGCCUCACGAAGCGAGCCAAUACCAAUCAAAAUGUGUCUGGCGUUGUAACGGGCUUGUUCUAUGAGAACAAUGGACGAAAUGUGACCAUUCUUGGAGGACACUUUUCUGCAACAGCUUCGAAUGGGUCAAUCGUCAACAACCUUGUCUUCAUCAACGGAGCAGAUUCUAACAGCGUUACCGGUGUCGGAUCAUCACUUUCUAACGAUUCCACAAUUCUCGCCAUGGCCAUUGGAGAAGACACGCUGUAUGCCGGAGGCUCAAUCUCUGGGACUAUCAAUGGUGGUGAUGUGACUGGUCUCGUAUCAUUCAAUCUUGCCACUGCAUCAUUUGGCACCCAACCACCAUCACUUUCUGGUGGAGAUGUUAAAGCCAUCUCAAUAAGACCAGACUCUGGCGAUGUCUACGCCGCUGGCAGCUUCUCUGCCGCAGGAUCCCUUGACUGCCCUGCAGUGUGUGUUUUCGUCUCUACAGCGUCGCAAUGGGAUCGACCUGGAUCGAACCUUGCCGGAACUGCCAAUGCGAUGACUUGGGCUAGCUCAACUUCCCUUAUUGUCGGUGGUGCUCUAACUGUGGACGGGGAGAAUCUCUCGCUCGCUACCUAUGACACAAAGUCUCAAUCCUGGACAGCCGCAGUAGGAGCGAGCGCAAUUCCCGGACCUGUUACCGCAUUGACUGCAGCCAACAGCGAUGUAUCUCAGCUUUGGGUUGCAGGGACUGCCAACAACGGCUCGACCUUCCUCAUGAAAUUUGAUGGCUCAACAUGGAUUCCCGUUGGUGGCACAUUAGGAAAUGGAACAAAGAUCCACAGUCUCCAAGUCUUACCCUUAAGCGAGGAUCACGAAUCAUCAAACCUGAUAUCCGCAAGCCAAGCACUCAUGAUCACUGGAUCAGUAAAUCUUCCAGGAUUUGGCAACGCUUCUGCUGUGCUUUUCAAUGGCACAGCCUUCCAGCCGUUUGCCCUCACGUCGAGCUCCUCGAAUACUGGCGGGAGUCUGUCCCAGAUUUUCUCCCAACGGCAAAACUUCUUUAAAGCUCCAGGUAAGUUAAUAUGUCGUAGAGCACAGGUUAUGAACUAAUUCGCCAUAGGCGGCAAACUCGCGAAGGGAUUUGUUGUUCUCAUUGCUCUAGCUAUAGCCCUUGGCUUGAUCUUUUUCUUAGUCAUCGCUGGUGUAGUCGCUGAGCGCAUCAGGCGAAAGCGGGAAGGAUAUGUCCCUGCACCAACGGCCAGCUUCGACCGGAGCCAUGGUCUCUCACGAGUUCCACCCGAGCAAUUGUUUGGCUCGUUGGCUCAGGGUCGAAGUGGUGUCGAGAAGCAGAGUACGAGGAUAUAAUACCACAGUGAUACGAAGGCGUUCGGCUUGGUUAAGAGGCGUUCUGGAUAAGGUCAACUGGCAGACCUUUUCCUAUUCUUUUUGAAAUUUCGCAACAUUCCGGCGUUUUACAUACAAAGCAGUAAGCUGUUGCUCCUUGGUGGGCACAUGACGGCCUCAUUUCACGACAACGGCACCACACGUGGCGCCGAAUCUACGGCUUUCGUACACUCAUUUCCUUCGUCACUUAUCAGGAGCCUAAUGUUUAGAGCUACUUACCCCCAAUGUUUCCCCAACCACUUGAUCUUCUCUUUGUACGAUAACUUUCACUGCAGCCCCGCCACAAGGCCGCGAUGUUGGGCAGGUUGUCCCGAUCCAAAAAUGUAUGUAAUGUACAAGUCUUUGCGCAGCUUAGCAAAAUAAAUAAUAUUUCAAGAUGCCGUGGUUCCAUGCAGAUGUUGAUCAUCUGUGGAGUACCUCUGCCAAAUGAGCCGUCGGUCUCCUUACUGGCGCUAAGUCCUGUGCUUGACCCCGAGCACUGAGCUGGAGUAAGGAUGCAAGACGAGAGCAGUACCCUCCCUGGUGAACAGAGUCGGUAAGUGACCCUAUGGAUGGGAGAUUGGGAUCCUCAAUGUCCAAGAUCGAUGGAGGCAGACCUGUCUGGUGAUACGUUCCGGUCAUUCGAGAACGAGAUGGCAAGUUCUGUCUGGGCAAGGUUGAGGUUCACGGUAACGAGAUGUCGUGUCUGAGAUGUUGUGGAGGAGGAGCAUGGCCCUUUGGUGGUAGUUUCCAAGCUGGUCUGAGAGUCUGAUGCAGGCUUGCUGGGCUUGUUCUGUCAACCCACAUUUCAGAACUCCUCGGGCUGAUGCUUAAUGACCAGCAUUCGAAUUGCCUCUUGCAGACUAACAGUCCCCAGAUCUCGGUAAUUAGGAGAUGUUUCUUGACAUUUUGGCCGCUCGAGGCGUUCGUGCGGGUGAGUCGGGAGGAGCAAUAAAGGUAAAUUCUCCUUUGGGCAUGCCUGCUCCUCCUCCUCUUCCGCCUUCACAAAAUGCCGUGAAUCAAAUAUCAUUACCUAGGUCCUCCGGCAUCUCGUGACAUGAGACAUCCUUCGGUGAGAUGCUCGGGGAGACUCAGAUUUAAGCUCUUGCAAUGAGAUGCGAAGCAGCAACCAGGAAUGUCGAUCCUCAACGGUUGUGGGCGAGACGACACUCUCCAGGGGUUGCAUUAGGAGGAAAUGAGACAGCAGGCCGGAUGUGGGGGAUCACCGAAACGAGAGAAACAAAUGGCAAAGGGGCCAGGGAAAAGCAAGAGCCUAAGCCUCUUUGUUGAUGCUGAAACACAAUCGGUCGAUCUUCUCCCCUGCCCGCAGGGUUGCGCAGGGGUAGUCGACGAUGAGAUGAGAUGAGAUGAGAUGAGCUGAGCUUCGACAUUGGUACUGGCUGCGACAGGCUCCUUGCAAAGUAAUUUACUGGGAUACCAAUGAUCUCGACUGCAAAUUCACAUGUCCUGGGACUGUGUCCGCACAAUGCUCGGUAAUUGACGUUCGUUCAAAUGGGAUUGGAUUGAAAUAUGGAGCGCAUACAUGAUUAUUGCCAGGUACGAAUGGUGACCAAGUGAAGAGUACCAGCUUGCCUCGAGCUUGCUUGGUGGACCAGGUAACGCGCUGUGCAUGAGAGAUCUUCAGCACCCGCACAGAUGCAGAAAUGAUUUUACAUGGAUGAGCUUAUCAGAUGAUGUUUGACAGGUGGGAACUGUCCAAACCUGAACAAACAACCAGCCAAGUAGUAGUGCUUGGUAUGAGGAGAGAAAUGAAGCUAUUCCGACUGCCCUUGCUAGAUGCGGUUUGAAGGUUGAGGAAGUGAGAAUAGCCUCGGAGGUGUGCAAGUAGUAGGAGAAGGUAGGGUUAUGCCGGGAGAGGAGCCGAACAGCCUCCUGCACUGUACUCGUACUGUAAAUUACUUAAACUGACUU